AUGUAUUCAAGGGGUGAAAUAUCGUUAGAACUAAUUGAGUCAACAAUUCUUGAACCAAUUGAAGAAAAGUAUUUGUUAAAUGUUUCAGCAAUUGUUUUAGUAUCUGUGAUUUCGAUAUUAUUCUCAACUAUUUUACUUUGUAUUCCCUGAGUGCUCUUUCUUUUUGGAUUAACUAUGUCCCUAAUUCCAGUCCAUAUAUUUUUUUAAAUUAAAAAAAUUUUGGUAAUAAUUUUUCUUGCUCAAUUUUAUAAGUUUGCCAAGUUUAUUGCUAUAUCUUCUGUAUUCCAAAUUAGAAAUUCAUUAUUACUUCCUAACUGUUUCCUAUAUAGUCGUUUUUUGUUUAAUAGACACUUUUAUUGCUGAAGUGAUCCAUGGUUUAAGGCUAAAACUGACAUGACCUUGUCUUGAUAAUUUCUUAAGUGGUGCAUGAUUUUCAAUCACCUCUGAAAUCUUGCAGUAAAAGCUGUGAAAAAUAUCAUUCACAUUAUUAUUUUGUGGUAACGUUACAUUCCAAUCAAUUGAAGAAACUUCAUUAAUCAAAUAAGCCUCAUCAAAAUUAGCAUAGUCUCUCUUAAAAAUAUUUGUUUUAGAAAUUUUACUUAUGUUUUUAUGAAUUAUAAGGAAAAUUGGUAAAUGGUCAGUUAAAUCUGAAAAUAUAUUUCCACUUAUAGUAUGAUAGCCUAAUGAAUUUAUAAAGAUAUUAUCAAUUAAAGUUGCACUAUGAUGAGUUAUUCUAGUGGGUUGAAUGAUUUUAGGAUGGAGAUUGUAUGUAAACAUGGUAUUAACAAAACUUUCAGUUGGACCAUGUGUUUCAUAGUUUAGUAGAUUAAUAUUAAGAUCUGCCAUUAAUAUUAAUAAUUUAUUCUCAUUAGCAAUUUUGUCAAGGAUAGAGUAUAAAUAAUUAGUAAAAUUUUCAAGGUUUGCUUUUGGGUGUCGAUAUAAAACACCACAUGUUAUUCCCCGAUCAUGACCUUCAAUAUCAAUCCACAAUGCUUCGAAUUCAUUUUUUGAAGUGCAUAGAUCAUCUCUUUUCGAGUAUUUUAAAUUAUUGUUCACAAAUAAUCCAACCCCACCAGCUUUUAUAGAGAAGGUUGUGAUAAAAAAUUAUACCCACUAAUGUCAGUAUUAAUUAUACAAUCUUGUUGCUGUUUUAUCUUUGUUUCCGAAAUUCCAAUCACAGAAAAUGGAAACUUUAAUUGGGAGAGUAGUAAAGAAAGUUUAUCAAUAUUGGCUGCAAGACUCCUAAUAUUACAGUGUAUGGUUGAAAAAAGAUCAUGUUUGUAUAUUUGAUAUAUUUAGUUAUCAAGUAUAAGUUGCUUCAUCUUUGAACAUGAUAAUAACCUCAUAAUAACCUCAGUCAUCACAAUACUAGACAAAAACAUAAUCUUCAUUUCACAUUUAAUAAAUUAUCAUUUUCAAUCAGAUCCCAAGGACCAAAAAUUUGGAAUUCAAUUCCGUAUACUCUUCGUAAUUCGCUAAAAUAUUUUAAUUAUAAGCGUAUUUUGAAGGAUUACUACUUGUCUCUAGCUUAUUAACUAUAUUAACCAACAACUGAUAUUCUUUGUUGUUUUAUUGUCAUUUCGCACUUUGAUAUUUUGUACCCAGUGUUUUGUAUUUAAUAAUUGUUCACUUCUCUUCUAAUUAUUACUAUAACUGUAAUCAGUAAUCAGGAAAUUUGGCUGUCCAUCUAUAUAGCCAUAUAAGCCUCUGUAAUUUAAUUAUUCAUGAAUAAAGACCAUUAUUAUUAUUAUCUUUUUCUAAAUGGCUCUAGCACGAUGAAGAUGUGAAGCUUCUUGGACAAAAAAUCGAAGUGUCACAGAUCAUCGGAGCUGCGCAUGCUCCGCUGGCAACACAGUUUCCUCAACGACCCUUACAUCAACAAGAACCUGAACCCGAUUACACUUGGAAGAUAGCAAACUUUACAAGAAAGCUUGCUCAAGCAAAAUCUGACAAUGAGUAUGGUAGGAUUGAAAGUGAACCUUUUUUCACAAGUUAUGGUUACAAAAUGAAGCUUCUUGUCAAUUUUAAUGAAGCGCCAUCUGGUUACGCAGGCUACAUGGGUGUUUACUUAAUUUUAAUGAAAAGUGAUCGAGAUGGAACCCUACCCUGGCCUUUUACAAAGCGUUACAAAUUUGGUCUUGUUGAUCAGCAAGAUGAUCUCGAGCAAAGACAAAACAUUGAGGCGGCAUUUACUCCAACUGGACAUGAGGAAAACUUUAAGAGACCAAGGCAGCGUGAGAAUAAACUAGGUAUGGGAAACCCUCAGUUUGUUAAACACUCCACUCUACGUACUCGUCAGUACAUUAGAGACGACGCUGUAUACAUCAAGAUCCAGGUAGAUUCAUGA